UUGAGGUAGAAUUAAGAAUAAUAGCAGUGGCAACAAUUCGUCUCCGCGAUCUUUUGCCUCGAUACGAGAGAAAAAAACGAUUAUCAAUUCUUUCAACCACAUUUGGGAUGAGCUGAGGACUGAUACUGAGACGCUUCGGCUUGUGUUUAUGCAGCUAAUUGUGCUUAAACCAGAAAAGGUUUGGGUUAAUUCUAGUAGUUCUAGUUGAAUGAUGCAUUAUUUCAGUGAGUGAUGGAAGAGUGCAAGAACGAGUGACGGAGAUGGGGCGUGAGAUCUCGGUGUUGCUUCAGCCAAAGAGUUUGCUGAUUCUCCUGGUGGUUUUAGUCCUCAUCUUUCUCGCUUCUUCCUUCUCUCGACAGGAGGUAGCGAAGCCAGAAGAGGUCUAUGAAAUCACCCAUAGAGUAUUUUUGGAUGUUGAUAUGGAUAAGCAACGUAUAGGGAGAAUCACUAUUGGUUUAUAUGGUGAAGUUGUGCCAAAGACUGUGGAAAAUUUUAGGGCUUUGUGUACAGGAGAGUUGGGAAAAGCUGCUAAUGGAAAAGUUCUCCACUAUAAGGGAACUCCAUUUCAUCGUAUCAUACCUGGAUUUAUGAUACAAGGAGGAGAUAUCGUCUCUGGAGAUGGUAGAGGGAAUCAAUCCAUAUAUGGUGGCACUUUUCGUGAUGAGAAUUUCAAGUUGAAGCACUCGCAUGCAGGUGUUGUGUCCAUGGUGAAUACAGGGCCUGAUUCUAAUGGUUCGCAGUUUUUCAUUACAACAGUCAAGACCUACUGGUUGGACGGUGAGCAUGUCGUUUUUGGCAAAGUCAUUGAUGGCAUGGAUACUGUGUAUGCCAUUGAGGGGGGUGCAGGCACGUACAGUGGGAAGCCAAGGAAGAAGGUAAUUAUUGCGGAUUCUGGGGAGAUACCCAAGAGCAAGUGGGAGGACACUCGGAUUUCGACCACGUAACAAUAAGAACAGAAAGACCUGAUCACAUUUCUUUUAACUAUAGCGAUGAGUACAAUAUCAAUAUUAGUCUGUUGCCCCUUGGAGAUACUGUAAUCUGUUUUUGGAGUUGCAGCAACUGGUAUAUAAUUGUUUAUUUAGAAAGGAAAAUUCAGUAAAUGACACGAAUCGUUCAAUUUUCUUGCCCAGACAACUCGCGGCUGAUGACUAUAUAUCUGCUCGGUCAGGUUCUUUAAUUUUAUAUUUGCCGGAGACAAGUUUGGAAAACACACAAUUGUUAUAAUAUAUAUUGCAUUAGAUCUUUCA